GCUACUGUCUAUAUCAACGGACGUGCUGUUUCAACACAACGGCUGCAGUAUAUCGUUCAAACAGCUGGAGGUGCAGCAACUCAAUUGGCACAUACACAUGUUGUAAACGCUGUCAUUGGUACUUUACCAGCGAUGCGGCGGCCAAGUCGUUUACGAUAUCGACUGGCAUCUACUUUUCUUAUCGAAGAGCCACUGACGGCAGAACUAGUGCGCAGCAUUUACGAUUUACAGCCACAUUACGUAGGCAGUCUUCAAGCGGUCGGACAAGAAAGAACAUCUCUUGUUCAAGAAGAAAAGAUUGUUCUUGCCCUAAACGGCAUGGCAACGAGCGAGAUGACACUGGCGAAAAUUCGAACUGUGCACAACAAGAUGGACGCUGAAAUUUUGGCACCUCAU